AUUAACCUUUGUAAGUGUAGUUUGACCGGUCAGCGCAAUGCCGGGGCUUACCAUCGGAGACGAAAUCCCAAACCUUGAAGUUGAAACCACCCAUGGCAAGAUCAAGCUCCACGACUACGUGGAUGACGCCUACGUCAUCCUCUUCUCCCACCCCGGCGACUUCACGCCGGUGUGCACGACGGAGCUGGGGAUGAUGGCGGUCUACGCCGCCAAGUUCGCCGAGCGGGGAGCGAAGCUCCUCGGGCUCUCGUGCGACGACGUUGAGUCUCACAAGAAGUGGAUCAAGGACAUCGAGGCCUACAACGACGGCCAUAAGGUCAACUACCCUAUCAUCGCUGACCCGCACAGGCAGCUCAUCAAGCAACUCAACAUGGUUGAUCCCGACGAGAAGGAUGCCGCCGGGAACCACGUCCCUUCUCGAGCUCUCCAUAUCGUCGGCCCCGACAAGAAGAUAAAGUUGAGCUUUUUGUACCCGGGAAGCACGGGAAGGAACAUGGAUGAGGUGGUGAGGGUGUUGGACUCGCUAAAGAAGGCUGCGGAGCACAAGAUUGCUACCCCGGUGAACUGGAAACCGGGUGAUCCGGCGGUCAUCGCUCCCACCGUCUCAACCGAAGAAGCCAAGAAGAUGUUUCCCCAGGGUUUCAAAUGCGCCGACCUUCCUUCGGGCAAGGACUAUCUCCGCUUCGUCAACGUCUAAUUACUAACAUAAUUAAUACUCCGCAUUAUAUAUUUAAUUAUACUAUAAUCUUAUAAUAUAAUCGUCUAUACUAUAUAUGCUCGUAUGAUCGUAUAUAUAUUUAGUUAUAUACAGUACUUCAUACGAAGUAUAUCCCGUCUUAGUUACCACCGCUUAUGUAUUACAUUCCGUACUACUUAUAUAGACGUACGUUUA